GACGGACGAUCAGUGUCAAGAAUCGAAUUAAAGAAAGUUGGUACGAACACGCUGCCUUCGUGUUCUUGUCAUGUAGCAAACGGGUAUUUCUUUUUGGGUUCACGUCUAGGGGAUUCGCAUUUAAUUCAGUACAAGAAGUCUCGGACCGAAAGAAAAUUAAGUGACGCGAUCAAUGGUUUUAGUCCUACUGCGAGGAGAAAUACCAUUGAUUUUGAUGCGGAAUUGUACGAGACUGACAUAAUAAACAAUACGAGUUCUUUAAGUGAUGGCAGUAAGGUGGAUAUGAGGAAUUCGACGAUCGAAUAUCACUUUGUUAUAUGCGACACUCUUACUAAUAUCGGACCAAUUGUGGACAUGGCUUUUGGAGAAUUGACGUUCUCAGAGGAAGAAGCGCAUUUACAUAGCGUACACAAAAAUCUUGAAUUAGUUUCGUGCUCUGGACAUGGUCAAACUUCAUCCUUAUGCCGCAACGUAAACCCUACAGUAUUCAAUUCUUUUUCUAUGAGCGACUGUGUAAAUAUGUGGACGGUUUCUUGCCGAAAUCCUAUGUAUCAAAACAUCAGUAUUGAAGUCACCGGAAUGACUGAUGAUAACAUUAAUGGGAGUGUGGAGGAAUUUGAUAAAUUUUUAUUUAUUUCAAAGAAACAAAGCACGAUGGUUCUUGCUUGCGGAGAAGAAUUGCAAGAGCUUGAACAUUCUGAUUUUUACACGGACGGUUCAACCGUGGCUGUCGGAACAUUGUUAAGUGGAAUUCGCAUACUCCAAGUUUAUGCUAACGGCGUUCGACUUUUUGAUCAAGACGGAAAACUUACACAAUUAAUAGAAAAUGAUGGUUUGAUCGUAUUUGCAAGUAUCAUUGAUCCGUAUGUGCUGUUGUUAUUGGAAAAUGGAAACGUCAAUUUGAUGAAAAUCGAUGAUAAUUCAAGAAGCCUUGAUUUUCACUCACUACCUACGCAAAUCAAUGAGGCUCCGACAAUAUCAUGUUGCAUUUACCGAGAUGAUACAAAUCUUUUUGCGCUUGUGAAGGACCUUGUGGACGUCUCAUCCCUCGACAAUGUUGGAGACCAUGCCAAGAGUGAAAAUACAGAAAAAUUAGAUGAUGAUGAUGAGUUGGAUGACCUUUAUGCUAGCGCAGAAGUAACAUCCCAAAAUGUUGUCGAAGAGAAUAAAAUGGAUAUAGAUGAUAAUCUAUCACCGAAUGUUGCAAUGGUAGAUGAUCUUCAUUUAAUGGACGUGAAGAAUUCGAAAAAAGAAAAUUAUUGGUGCGCACUGUAUCGACAGGAUGGUUCAUUGGAGAUUUAUAAAUUUCCGGAAUUUGAGGAGGUCUUUAAUUUCCCCCAUUUCGAUUUAUCUCCGGCUGUUCUUGCGGAUUUUAAUACUCGACAAAAUGUGAAAUCUUCUGGACAGACGGUGGAAAUUCAAGAGAUUUUAUUGAUAAACAUAGGCCAUCGCAGCAAAUAUCCUUAUUUAAUUGCGCGCAGUAAUGUGGGUGAUAUAAUAAUAUACAAGGCCUUCCGAUACGUCCCUGGAACCGACCCUACGGAUCCUUUUCAAAAGUCUCAAACGCAAGGUGAAUUGGUUGACCGACUCGCCGUGCGAUUUUCGCGUGUUCCUCAUGAAUACAUUUCGCGUGAAACCAUAUACAGUGAUAUCCAUGACAAACCUGUGUCAAGAAAGUCAACUCAGCAAGAAUCAAAUGAAGAAGAAAUAAAUCAAUUUGACAAUGACUUCGAGAAGCUUAAGACCUCACUUAGACAAACGAAAAAACGACUAAUACCCUUUACCAAUAUUUCCGGAUAUACUGGAAUAUUUGUGACAGGUGUUAGGCCACUUUGGUUAAUCUGUGCACAUAAUAAUUAUUUGCGGGUCCAUCCAAUGAGUGUGGAUAACGAAAUCAAAAGCUUCACGCAAUUUCAUAACGUACAUUGCUUGCAUGGUUUUUUGUAUGCAAACAACGAGGAUGUCUGUAGGUUAUCAGAAUUGCCAAAGAGUUUUAAAUAUGAUAUGGAAUGGCCUGUGAGAAAAAUCAUGUUACAUCGGUCCGUUCAUGGAAUUGAGUAUCAUCCGGAAAUGCAGGUGUACGCAUUACUUUCAUCAUCUCCCGUCGAAUUCCUAUUAAAAGAUGAAAAUGGGGAAUCCAUUGAAAUAGAGCGAGACAGCGCACAAUUUUUACCGGAAACAUUGAGAUUUACACUUGAGUUGAUAUCUCCAGUCACUUGGGAAACUGUAGACAGACAUGAGCUUCAAGAUGACGAGCAGGGAUUAUGUAUAAAAUGUGUCAGCCUCCAGACAAAAUCUACGUCAAGCGGUCGAAAAUCUUUUAUCGCAAUUGGUACAGGAUUCUUCCGAGGAGAGGAUGUAGGGAUGAGAGGAAAUGUAUAUGUAUUUGAAAUCAUUGAAGUUGUACCCGAACCUGAUAAUCCACAAACAAAUCAUAAAUAUAAGUUAUUGUGCCACGAGGAGGUUAAAGGUUCUGUAACGGCCAUAUGUGACGUUAAUGGAUACUUGUUAACGUGCGUUGGCCCAAAGAUAUUUAUCCGAGCUUUUGAAGAUAAUGAUCGACUUAUUAGCGUAGCCUUUAUCGACAUCCAAAUUUACGCCAACAGUGCUGUGUCAAUUAAGGAUUAUAUUCUUUUAGGUGACGUUUAUAAAAGUGUUUGGUUCCUCGGUUUUCAGGAAGAACCUGCAAAGCUGGUUUUGGUAGGAAAAGACUAUCAAGCUUUGGAAGUAUCUUGUACAAAUUUCAUAAUCGAUGAACCUGUGCUAUAUUUUGUCGUAGCCGACAUGGAUAAAAACCUUCAUUUGUUUCAAUAUGCGCCAUACAAUGUACAAUCAUUUGCCGGUCAAAAACUUAUUCGUCGUGGAGAUUUUCACGUUGGUGCGCAAGUUAAAACCAUCCUGUCAUUGCCAAAAAAGGAGUUGGUAAGAAGAGAUAUUUCCUUUGACCAAGGUGUCCAGCCGAGGUGGAUGGAAGAAGAGAAUAACGGGUAUAAACAACUAUGCUUAUGCGGAACUCUUGACGGAAGUAUCGGAAUAAUUACCCCAAUACCGGAAAAGAUGUAUAAACGUAUGCAAUUACUGCACGCUCAAAUGGUGAAUGGGCUUCAACACCCAGCAGGCCUUAAUCCAAAAUCUUUCAGACUUUUACAAUCGAAGCAACGAUUAGCCACUAACCCGGCCAAAGGAAUAUUGGAUGGAGAUUUGCUGAUCCAAUUCCCGAACUUGGCUUUGCAUCGCCAACGAGAAAUGACCAAACAAAUUGGAACAACUAUAGACAGAAUUAUGGACGAUUUGCUGGCAGUUCAAGAAUCUUAUGAUUAUUUCUAA